AUGGUGGACACAUCCGCAGAUCCAUUCGACUUCGUUAUCGACGCGGCCAACAACGUCGAAGAGACCGCAUUUCAAGAAGGAUAUCAGCAAGGCUUUGAUCACGGCGCAUUGCAUGGCACUUUCGAAGGUCGCGAGCUGGGACGCGAAAAGGGCUUCGAACUGUGGGAAGAGGUCGGCUUCUACAAGGGCAUGGCCGAGGUGUGGAGGCUAGCAUUGCAACAAACCGAAGCGGCUGGACAUAACUCACGGAAGCAGUCUAAGCAGAUUCAGCACCUUGCUGGUCUCGAAAGGCUCAUCUCGUUUUUCCCUCUCACCAAUACUUCUUCCGACCCUUCUACGGAUCUAGGUCAGACUGCUGCAACAGUAGCCGAAGCCGACCGCGAUACUCAGCAAGAUGUCGAGAUGGAAGACGAUACAAUCAACAAUGAUGGCGACGACGAGCUGGCCAAGCUCGACAUGCUGACGCUGUUGGAAAAGAUUCGAGCCAAGUAUCGACUGACGUGUUCCGUGCUGGGUUUUGCACCACAACGUACGGCCUUGACGCAGAUCGGAUCCACUUCCAACAGCGAUCAAGACCAAGCCGAAGCAACGACAGAGAGCAAGUCGGUGCUUGUAGCUGGCAAACUCGUUGAUCCGACUCAGCUACACUACUGA